CAGGCCAGCAAGAAGAUUGCUGAUGCUAAGCUGGCAAAAGAUUUCCAGGCAGUUCUUAGAGAAUUUCAAAAGGCUCAACGGCUUGCUGCUAAGAGGGAAACAACAUAUGCUCCUUUUGUUCCUAAGGAAGUUCUUCUGCCUAGCAACAAUGGCAAUGAGCUGAAGAUCGAUUCAGCGAAGAGUCAUGAACAGUUAGCUCUUCUUGUGCAAUCUAAAAGACAGGAGGUGGCAAUGUUGGAGAAUGAUAUUGUUUUCAAUGAAUACAUUAUUGAGGAAAGAGAACAGGGGAUCGAAGAAAUUCAACAGCAGAUUGGUGAGGUGAAUGAGAUUUUUAAGGAUCUGGCUGUGCUAGUUCAUGAGCAAGGAGUUAUGAUUGAUGACAUUAGCUCAAACAUUGAGAGCUCUCAUGCUGGAACUGCACAAGCUACUUGCCAUUUUAUAUAUGGUUUUAUAGCUAUAUAUCCAUGGAUAUAUAAUUUUUUGACAAUUACGAGAGGGCAUUGUUUUUAUACCUCUAUCCGUAUAUAUAGUGGUUCGAACAAAUUAAUUUGGUUAUUCAUGUAUUAUGUAUGGAUUUAAAUUAUUGACGUUGGA